AUGGACACGAUCUACAGUGUGAUAGAAGACUGCCACAACUCUAUCAAUGCACUCUCCCCCUCGCUUGAGACCAUACAGGACUACAUCCACACACUCUCCCUACAACUCACAACCCAACCAGAUCCCCCACCACCCACCCUCCCAAGGACGACAUGUUUCAGCGACAUAGUGACAGCACAUGUCCCAGGAAUGGAAGCACAUCUGUACACCUCACGAGGCUCCCCCCAAAACACUCAAGUAUACACCCACAACACCCAAACAGCCCAAAACCCACCCAGCUACACACCACUCCAGAUUCCACUGGUUGAUGAAGCCUUGGCCAGAUCCGCAACCCAUGCUAGGCAGAUCCUACUAGACCCUAUACCUGGUAACCCAAUGUUCCCUCCUGGUAUCAGCCACGACGAUGCCAUACACAAAAUCCGCCUCACUAUCAAAACUGCCCUCACACCAAACGACCACAAUGAGAACAUCAUAGCCCUACUGCAGCUCUGUAAUGGGGGACUCAUCAUGGAGCUAGAUAGUGAAGAGACGGUGCUCAGACUGCAAGAUAGCACCACCAGGAAGAAACUCAUUCAAGCCCUAGAAUUCUCGGUAACCUUUAAAGACAGAACUUACACCCUUGUAGCACAAUUUAUACCAAUCAACCUACUCAUCGAACAACCCAGCCUCCUUCAUCUAGUAGAGGGGAAAAACCGACUGGACGACAACUUGCUCGCCUCCAUGCGCUGGAUUAAGCCCCUGCACAAACGGCCACCUAGUCAAACGAUGGCCUUUGCCCUACUACAGGAAAGCACCAAUGACAACAAUGACAACAAGAACAAUAACAAUAAUGAGAAUGAGCUGAACACCAGGAGAGACCCUCCCUCCACACCCUCAACUUCCUCCUCUGCAUCACCAACUGCAACUCCAGCCAUGCCAUACAUGCCUCUCCGAUUCCCAAUGCCAACACCAACACCUUCUCCCCCACCGACUAUGGAACCACCUACAAUAUCUAUGGCCUAUGUCUGA